AGCUAUUUUUACUCAAUGUAUACAAUUUUCCGGCUGCAUUCAUACUGAGUGGAAAUCAAAUUCAAUAUUGAUCCGGAAAAGUGUCCUAAAAUCUUCGAAUAGUUUCCGAUCCCCAAACGGUAAAAUGGCUCGCAAUGCGGUUCUGGCUCGAAUGGAAACAAUCUGCGCCGAGGUGAUGGAAAUGCCGGAAAUUUUUCUCGCUGACGAUGAGGAGGACGACGACGAAGCGAAUGAUGGUGGUGAUGAUGAUGCACAAAGUGAAAAUCUAGACGCUGAUGAACCGGACGAUGAAGACAUUCCAGCUGGCGUUGAUGAUGAGAAGGGAUGUGGAGAAAGCGACCGGAAAGAAAACGAUGGUUCGUCGGGAAAAUCGGGUCGCAAGAACAAAGGCGGCAAGGCGGAUCCUCAACAGGAUAAGGGUGUAUCAGUGAAGGUGAACUGUGAUGAUAAGAAGCAACAGCGUUACGCCAAGUGGAUUUCACGGGCGUUACGAGCAGCAGUUAAUCCAAUUGUUUCCAGAUUCAAUCUCAAUUUGAAGGUGAAUCUUGACUUGAAUGUGGCGAAUAAGGCGAAUGCCCCUACCAAAGCGGAUCCCAAAAGAAGCAACAAUGAAUCGGCAUCUCAAGCCGGAAAACCAAAACCAUCACCUCAGCAGCUACAGAAAAGAGCUGAUCUGGCUAGGAUUAGAGAAUUAGAGAAGGAAAACCGACAUCUUGAGAAGGUGUUUGAGAAGAUAGUUGCAGCUUAUACGGCAAUGAAAACAAAUCUGUCCGAGAAAACGAAAGAGGUGGAAAUGCAUAAAAGCACGGCGCAAUCAUUAGAAGCACAGCUGAAACAGAUUACGAAUGAGAAAGAAAAAUUAAAGACCAAGUCAGAGCAACUUCUUUCGGUUCGGAACCAGCUAGAAAAAGAGAAAACACAACUUCAAAGUCAAAUUACGACCUUGCAGCAUGAGUUAGAGACGUUGAAGAAACACAACGUUAGCAAAUGCAACGAUGUUCAGCAGUUGGAAAAGAAACUAGGAGAUUUGCAAAUAAGCCAUAAAGAAGAAAUGGAAAAGGAAAGGAGUAGGUGUAACAGUCUUCUCGCUGAGAAACAAACCAUAAUUGAUUCCAACGAAGAACAGUUACGCAAACUCAAGGCAGAUAUUCAGGAGCUGAUCGAUUGCAAAACAGCUACUGAGAAGAUUUUUCAACAAUCAGUUCAAGAACACAUCCGUUCGAAAAAUCAGUUGGAACUCAGAUGCGUGGAAUUGAUGCAGCAAAAUCGAGAAUUAAAUUCUUUAGUGAGCAGAGCGGUUCCGUCAUCAGAGAACUAUACGGUGCAAGAACCGAUUUCAUCCACAACAAGCGCUAAUAUAACGUGUCCCAUCUGCGGGAGACCCUUCAAAAAUCUCGGGGAUUUGCAAAUUCACACGGAAAACUGCGGAGUUUUGAUGUCAGAAACGUUUAUUCAACGAGUACAGCAAUUUGUCGUAAAAGGUAAAAAAUAUGGCGGACGUAAUGGCGGCCUUCAGCAGCGAAGAGCUCAAUCCUUUGUAAAGCCCUAGCAUUCCUUCCUUUCGGACGACCCUGUACAUACACUGGAGCAGGUGCUUGCACACGAAA